AGGAGGGACUGUAUUCCUCGCCCCUGGAGACUAUCUUUGCAGAUAGUCUGUUUUGAAAUUCUUUUCUUUAGAGGAGAUUUUUUUUUUUAAAUCUCUCUCUCUUUAAAAAUAUCAAACAAAGCUGCUGCUUGCUAUUCCUGUGGCUGGCGCACCACCUGGGGCUGAGGACAUGGGCGGCAUCACCGGGCUGGGGAAAAUGCAGAUUGAUGAUGGAGCGUCGGGGGAUGCGCUUUUCCUUUUCUGCGAACAGCACACUCCUUGAAUGACAGCAAAUUCUCUACAGGUUUUCCCUGCGGGAACGUGCCCCUCGCGGUUCAUUCGGUUUUCUCUAGAAAAUCGGCCACCGGAGAGGACGGGGCGCGGCAUUACUGGAGCGGUUCCAGACCCGGGGGCUCCAGCCCAGCCUGCGCGUACCCGCGGACAGGCUCUGCGGGCUACUAUCCCGGUCCCAGCAAGGCCAGGGCCAGCGUGAGCGUAUUCCGAACCGCCGAGGGCAACGGAGGUCCCGCCGAGCCCACUUUUCCCGCCGCAGCGAACAGCAGCCGCGCGGGGCGGAGGCACCACGUGCAGCUCACAGGCUGCAUCCAGAUGUGCAGGCACCCCGCGGUAAAGAAGGCCACCAGGCGAGGCUAUAGCGAGUUCCAAGACUUCCGCUCAUCCCGGCAGCUCACAGUUUCGCUCUUUCUAAAGGAAGCCCUUGGCUCCGGCUGCGGGAUCUUCGGUAGGUGACUGGUGCGCGAGACAGCGCUGCUCCAGCCGGAACGCCCCGGCAGGAGGUUUGUCCCCGCCCGCGCGCCGUGCCGCGCGGCACCUAGGGUGGGGAGAGGGCGCGCGGCGGAGAUGGGCGAGACCAUGUCAAAGAGGUUGAAAUUGCAUCUGGGAGGGGAGGCGGAGAUGGAGGAGCGCGCGUUCACCAAUCCCUUCCCGGACUACGAGGCCGCCCUCGCCGCCGCGGGGCUCACUACCGGAACCUCAGAAGAGUCGGGCUGUGUUCGCACUCAAUCCACCACAGAUGAGUUCGGCCUUCCUUUCCACCACGACGGCAAGAUCAUUCAUAAUUUUGUGAGGCGGAUCCAGACCAAAAUCAAAGAUCUUCUACAGCAGAUGGAAGAAGGGCUGAAGACAGCUGAUCCUCAUGAUUGCUCUGCUUAUACUGGUUGGACAGGCAUAGCCCUUUUGUACCUGCAGCUGUACCGGGUCACUUGUGACCAGACAUACCUGCUUCGAUCUCUGGAUUAUGUAAAGAGAACACUUAGGAACCUGAAUGGUCGCAGGGUCACUUUCCUCUGUGGAGAUGCUGGGCCCCUUGCUGUAGGAGCUGUGAUAUAUCAUAAACUCAAAAGUGACUGUGAAUCCCAGGAAUGCAUCACAAAACUUUUGCAGCUGCACAGAAGCAUUGUCUGCCAAGAAUCAGAGCUUCCUGAUGAGCUGCUGUUCGGUCGAGCAGGUUAUCUGUAUGCCUUACUGUACCUGAACACGGAGAUUGGCCCUGGCACUGUGUGUGAAUCAGCCAUUAAAGAGGUAGUCAAUGCUAUUAUUGAAUCCGGUAAAACCUUAUCAAGAGAAGAAAGAAAAACUGAUCGCUGUCCCCUAUUGUAUCAGUGGCACAGGAAGCAGUAUGUUGGAGCAGCCCAUGGCAUGUCUGGGAUCUACUAUAUGUUAAUGCAGCCUGCAGCAAAAGUGGACCAAGAAACCUUAAUAGAAAUGGUGAAGCCUAGUAUCGAUUAUGUGCGCCACAAGAAAUUUCGAUCUGGGAAUUAUCCAUCUUCAUUAAGCAAUGAAACAGAUCGAUUGGUCCACUGGUGCCAUGGUGCCCCAGGUGUCAUCCAUAUGCUCAUGCAAGCAUAUAAGGUUUUUAAGGAGGAGAAAUACCUGAAAGAGGCCAUGGAGUGUAGUGAUGUGAUUUGGCAGCGAGGUUUGCUCCGAAAGGGAUACGGGAUUUGCCAUGGAACCUCUGGGAAUGGCUAUUCUUUUCUGUCUCUUUACCACAUCACAAAGGAUAAAAAGUAUCUCUACCGAGCUUGCAAGUUUGCAGAGUGGUGUCUAGAUUAUGGAGCGCAUGGAUGCCGCAUUCCUGAUAGACCCUAUUCCCUGUUUGAAGGCAUGGCUGGCGCUAUUCACUUUCUCUCUGACAUCCUGGUACCAGAGACAUCACGAUUUCCAGCAUUUGAACUUGGCUGUUCACAAAGAAAUUAAAAAAGUGCAAAGACAACUAAAAUACAUGUUGGACCAAAAGCCACCAGAUUGCAUAGUGCCUGAUAUAGAACUACCUGUAACUCCUGAAAGAGAAGAAGAAGAUGAAAAAAAAAGCAAACACCUUCACAGGCACCCUUCUGUUGCAAAGACCCUCAAGUUAGAGCAUGAGUAACAGAAACCAUCUCAUCAACAUUUUGUAACAGUGUCCCCUCAUUGUGUAAAAUAUGAAGUCUUCACCUUCAGGUUCCCUGUGGUGUUUGCAUGUUUUUUGGUGUUUGUUGUCUGUAGGUGUAAAUUGUUCUAAAUGGAAAGCCCUUCUCUCCACAUGAGCUCAGAGAUGAGCGUGCAUGAGCGUAUGGGGGCAACCAUACCUUUCUGUAUAUAACAUAAAAAGUGGAGUGUCAUCUCUGUUGACAGAUAGGGGAGCAGUCAGGUGAUGUCUCUCUUAUGUAUCAGAAAGAUAAUAUAACCAGGUAUGGUGGUACAUGCCUGUAAUCUCAGUGGCUAGGGAGGCUGAGGCAGGAGGAUCAUGAGUUCAAAGCCAGCCUUAGCAAAAGUGAGGCCCUAAGCAACUCAGUGAGAUCCUGUCUCUAAAUAAAAAGAAAGAUAAUCUAGAGUGAUAUCCCACUGACUGUCAGCAUUUUCCCUGGGUAUUUUCAGAAGACUAUGAGAGAAAGACCACUCCAAAACCUAAACAGAAACAGCAGACAAGAGGGCAUUUGUUGGGAACUUUUCUUUUUUUUUGGGGGGGGGGAGUAUACAGUUGACUACUGUUUAUUCUUUGUGUUUUGUGUUCACUUUAGUGUUUCUAAGAAACCCCAGGAAGUGCAUUAGAGCUGCCAGUCUAGCAAGGCAGAGAUUUCAGGAACUUUGCCUAAAGUUCAAAAGCUCUUUGCAAUUCAAGCAGCUAGUGCCCUGAGGAAUGUAUUUCAUAAUACCAAGAGUAAACUUAAUGACCACAUUGUAAGUAGUAAUGACUGAGUGUUGGCAAUUCUAGAACAUGUACCCAGAUGUAUAUUAUUAAAAUAGACCCCACCUUGGGCUAGGGAUGUUGCUCAUAGUAGAGCAUUUGCCUAGCAUGUGCAAGGCCUUGGGUUCAAUCCUUAGUAUCACAAAAAUAAAAACAAACAACAGACCCCACUUCAGUUUUAUCAAUAUGAUAACUUAUUGGUUAUGUGGAUACAAUUCCAGAUGGGUGAUAAACAGGAAGAUCCUCAGUUGGACCAAUGUCCCUGCAACCAAACUUAUUUCAAAAAUUUAGUUUAAGUGAUCAAAAGUGUAAAUUUGGGAUGAAUAUAUUCCUUUUUGUACACUUUUGGGUAGUUAAAAGUACUAGUCUGCAUUUAUGCAUAUGGGGAACAACAUAAGGUUCUAGACAAGAAAAUUAUGGUAUUAUCCAGAUGACUAUUUUUUUUAAAAAAGGGGGCAUUAAUUUGGAUUAGUAUAUCAUUAGUAAUUCUAUUGUGUAGAUUGCCGUUUUUAGAAGGGCGUUUGUCAUCAUGGUACAAGAGGUCUAGGAUUUUCUAAGUAAUUCUCAUUAGGCAAGGUAAGACAUUGUCACAAAAGGAAGACUCUGGAAUGGUCUAGUCCUUGUCUACAGGGGACUGUCUAAAUAUUAGCCCAAGUUUCCACUCCUUUUAUAAAGGAUAAAUAAUAAUAUAAAUUUAGAAAAUAAGUCUCCUUCAUGCUUAUGCAGUUUUUAGGGCAUUGCUGAGCCUUAUUUGAGAGUCUGGUACCCUAAACAUGUGACCUUCAGUUUCUAAAUGAUGCCUAGUGACUGUCUUCAUUGAAGACGCUCUUGCUUCUAAGUCAUUAUUAUUUUUGUUCAUGUUAGGGUGAUGACUUGCAUGGGCAUAAGUCUUCAUAAUUAUGCUUAAACUGGGUCUCUCCGGAAGUCAUUACCUAAAGGCAGGAUGUGCCAUCAUGAACAAGCCAACGGGAACUGUUUUGUAGAAGGCCCCACAUAAUAUUCAAUCUCUUCCAAACAACAAGGUUCCCAUCUUCCCUAUCCACUUCACAGAAGAAUAAUAUACAACCCAGCUUACCAAUGAGGCCCUGCCUGUCUUGUUUCUCAAGGGAAACUAUUGGGGCUUCCAGGAAUUCCCUGGGGCUCUCUAUUACAGCUUUUUGCAAGGAGGAGUCAGCCAGUAGAAUCUCUGAUUCUGACCAAGGAUCUCUAGUCCAGCAGCAGCAAGGGUGACUCUUAAUUAUCAGGAUGCUGGAUAUGUUCACGUAUGCGCAUGUUCAAAAAAUACUUACUAGUCUUUCUAAUUAACGCAGUAAGGGAAAGAAAGUAUUCAUGGGAUAAAUGGAAAUAUUAUUUAAAGAUUUUUCUAAGCCAGCUGGGUUGACACCUUCCACUAGAUAUUAACAGAUGUACAGUUCUUUGAUUCUAUGUUAACGUACUUCUCAUGUCUGUUACAUGGGCUGCUGUGUGAUCUCACCGUCAUAAAAAGCAGAGAGAAAUAGCACAUACUUCACAGGACAGGAUUCACAGACAUCAGUUUAAUAAUUACAAGUGUUUGAAAUCAGAUUUCAGAAGAUCUCAUUCAUUUCUUGUAUUUCUUUGUGUCCACAACUGUGUUCUCCAAAUGUACCUAAAUUUAAAAAUAUGUACAUGCACAAUACCAUUUCAAAAUCUGAAGGAAAAAAGCUAAAGUCCACAAAAAGCAUUUGAGGUUCUUUGGUUUUAUUAGUAAAAGACAGUUUCGUGUGAUAA